AUGACUCUGGUGGGGAAGUAUCCGUCGAGAGACUUUGCGAGCUCAUCUAAGUGCAUGGCAGUUGCUUGCUUCAGCUCCUCAGGUUAUUUAACCGUUUCCAUUGAGCCCCUUCCUCCUGUUGUCAUUGGAGACACAGUCACACUUAAGUGCGACUUCCAAACGGACGGCAACCUCCGAGAGAUUGUGUGGUUUCGGGUGAUUGAAGGAGGCAGUGCCAAGCAGAAGAUUUUCACCUAUGAUGCCAUGUAUAACACCAGCUACUCCAACAUGGAGGGCAACCACAGACGAGAGGACCUGGUCUACCAGUCUACUGUGCGGCUUCCCGAGGUCCAGAUGGAGGAUGAUGGCCUGUAUGAGUGCCAUGUGGGGAUAUAUGACAGGCGCUCCACAGACAAAGUGAUUCUAGCCUCUGGCAGCAUCACCCUUACUGUCAUAGUACCUCCCAAGUCUAUCUCUGUGGUGGCAGCCAACAGUCCGGCCCCUUUCAGCCGCUACGAGGCCCAGAACUUCUCUCUGGUUUGCAUUGUUUCCGGAGCAAAGCCAGCUCCCAUGGUGUACUUCAAGCGGGAUGGUGAGCUUAUUGAUGUAGUGCCAGCUGCACAGUCUUCCUUCUCAGUGGAAGAUCAAAGCAAGGUUCCGGGUCUGGAAAAGAGCUGGGACGGGAGCCAAGCGGGGCACUGGAACUCCCAGGCACUCAGCAGUCGAGAUCUUGAUGACACCAAACUCCAGAAGUCCCUGACCCUUUUGGAACAAGAGGGGAAGCUGGCUCGGCUGGGCCAAGACGGCCCCGAAAAGAGCCCAGAGCCAGGGUCAGAGUCGGACCCUGAGACAACCAGCGAGGUGAUCCCCGAGACGGUGGUGAGCCGGGAGUUUCCGCGCUGGGUCCAGAGCAGCGAUCCGCUCUACUACUUCCAGCACCGGCAGCAGGCAGCAGGUGAUGGCACCAUUGAGGUGAGAGCCAUGCUGACCUGGAGCCUCAACCCCCAGCUGGACAACGAGGCUCUGUUCAGCUGUGAGGUCAACCACCCGGCUCUGUCCAUGCCCAUGCAGGCCGAGGUCACACUGGCUGCUCCCAGAGGACCCAAGCUGUCCAUGAGCCCCAGUAAGGCCAAGGUGGGCGACACAGUGCGGAUCACGGUCCAAGGCUUCCAGCUGGGACCUCCUGCGAGCGAGGUCUUCCCUGAGCCCAUAUACACCUGGACCAAGGUGGGUGGGCGUCUGCUAGAUGGCAGAGAGGAGCAUGACGGAAGGGAACUCAUCAUGGAGAGAGUUCCUGCUGGGCUCAAUGGCUCCAUGUUCCGCUGCACAGCCCAGAAUCCUUUGGGCUCCACAGACACCCACACCCGCCUCAUCGUGUUUGAUAACCCAAGACUGAAGAAAGGAAGCGAACAUUUGAUUGCCAUUGACGCAGCGGCCAGUUGGUGCUCCCUAACAUUGACCUCCAUGUUGCUGCUGCUGAGCUUCACCUGCGAGCUGACGUGA